AUGUCUUGUAAGCCUAAGGAGUUUUACGGCAAGGAAGGAGCCGUAGGAUUAUUGUCCUGGUUUGACAGCAUGGAGUCUGUACUCCAUAUUAGUAAGUGCUCGGAGGAUCGUAAGGUGGAAUAUGCGGCAUGUCAACUGCAAGGCAGGGCUCUCACUUGGUGGAAUAUCCAAGUGCAAACCAGGGGUCGAGAAGCGGCGUACAAUUUGUCAUGGGAAGAUUUCAAGAAACUACUCAUAGAGGAAUACUGCUCUAAGAGUGAGGUGCAAAAACUGGAAGCAGAAUUCUGGAACCAUACCAUGAAGGACAUAGAUGUCGACACGUAUACAACACGUUUCCAUGAACUUGCCAAGCUUGUUCCACACAUGGUGAAUCCGGAAGAGAAAAGGAUUGAUAGGUACAUUUGGGGACUGGCUCCUGAGAUCCGAGGGAUGGUGACAUCCGCUAACCCCGCUACCAUCCAAAGCGCGAUGGUUUUAGCAAGUCGCUUAACCAACGAUGCUGUUAGAGCAGGAGCAGUAGCCAAGGUGAAUGUAGGUGGGAAAAGGAAGCCGGAAGAUCAACUAGGACGGAAGACCAGCGGUAGUUCGAACCGGAGCUCGCAAUCAGUUAGGAACUUUGGAGUAAGGGCACAAGAGCAAGGAACAUACAUGGGUUUCUUACCAAAAUGUAACAAGUGCAACCGUCACCACCGCGGAACUUGUCUUCGGUGUGCGAAGUGUAAUCAGCUAGGACACACCGCACGGUACUGUAGGAAGGAAAGAGAAACUCAUAGUGAAAGGAAGAGAUGCUUCGAAUGUGGAAGUCAKGACCAUUUUAGGGACAUAUGCCCUAAGUUGAGGACAGGACCAAGGAGCAACAUCAGUGGAAGUCAAGGAAGUCGCACCAAUUCAGUGAAUCAAGGAAUGCAAGCUCGGGGAAGGGCUUUUGUGAUUGGAGAUGAAGAGGCACGUCAGGAUCCCAAUGUGGUAACCG